AUGGCCUCGCCGUACACCGUCCGCAAGGUCGGCGUCCCUUACACGCUCGAGCACCGCGUGUACAUCGAGAAGGAUGGCGUGCCUGUCUCGCCUUUCCACGACAUCCCGCUGUACGCCAACCAGGAGCAGACGAUCCUCAACAUGAUCGUCGAGAUCCCGCGCUGGACCAAUGCCAAGCUCGAGAUCUCCAAGGAUGAGCUCCUCAACCCGAUCAAGCAGGACACCAAGAAGGGCAAGCUCCGCUACGUCCGCAACUGCUUCCCGCACAAGGGUUACCUGUGGAACUACGGUGCCUUCCCGCAGACCUGGGAGGACCCCAACGCUAUCCACCCCGAGACCAAGGCCAAGGGCGACAAUGACCCGCUGGACGUGUGCGAGAUCGGCGAGCUGGUCGGCUACACAGGCCAGGUCAAGCAGGUCAAGGUGCUCGGCGUCAUGGCGCUGCUGGACGAGGAGGAGACGGAUUGGAAGGUCAUCGUCAUUGACGUGAACGACCCGCUGGCUCCCAAGCUCAACGACGUCGAGGACGUCGAGCGCCACCUGCCCGGCCUGCUGCGUGCCACCAACGAGUGGUUCCGUAUCUACAAGAUCCCCGACGGCAAGCCCGAGAACCAGUUCGCGUUCACCGGCGAGUGCAAGAACAAGAAGUGCAGGUACGCCAUGGACGUCGUCCGUGAGUGCAACGAGGCUUGGGAGAGGCUCAUCACCGGCAAGACCGCGCCUGGCAGUAUCGCCACGACCAACCUGACGGUCAGCCACUCCACGAGCCGCGUUACGCCCGACCAGCUGCCGCCCCUCCCCCAGAACCAGGAGCUGCCCCCGGCCCCCAUCGACGCUUCCAUCGAUAAGUGGUUCUUUAUCAGCGGUGCCUCGGCCUAG